CAGUCCUCGCGUCCGGCCGCGGCGCGCUCAGUCUGACUCACAUCUUCGCUCGCGGGCCGCAGCGGGGAGCGAGCUUGGAGACCGGCGGCCUCGAGUUCCUUCACUCAGUCUCGGGGCCGAUAAUGCUGUGAGGAGGUGCCGCGUCCGCCGACCCCGCAGAUUCUGCGCUUAGCGGGCAGGGACUGCGUGCGCCCUCGGGAGGCGUCGGUGCCGGGCUCCCGGCACCGCGGCAGCGGCUGGGAUCCUCGGGGCUGCUGGCAGGAAGAACUGCAUGUGGAGAUAAAAGGGUACAUGUACAUUUAUAGAAGUUUGCCCCAUGUCCUCUUGACAGAAGGAAUUCUCUCAUCAAGCUGGAGGUUUCUCCAUGUUGUGGAAGGGAUUGGAUGAUGUAAUAGGCUCCUCAGAAAACCCCUCCUGGUUGUAACUUCAGGAAGGUCUUAGACCCCGUCUCAUUUCACAACCACUUUUGAAGUUCCUUGAGAAAAAUGAUGUGACAGUUGCUGUCCAGGAAGGUUUGCAGAAAUACUUAACCUCUGUGAAGAAAGUGGCCCUAUUUCCCUUUUGUAAAAUAAAACAUUCUCAAAUUCAAAAUGCCAGCCAAGACCCCAAUUUACCUGAAAGCUGCCAAUAACAAGAAAGGGAAGAAAUUUAAAUUGAGGGACAUUUUGUCCCCUGACAUGAUCAGCCCUCCCCUCGGAGACUUCCGCCACACCAUCCACAUCGGCAAAGAGGGCCAGCACGACGUCUUUGGAGACAUUUCCUUCCUUCAAGGGAACUACGAGCUCUUACCCGGAAACCAGGAGAAAGCACGCCUGGGCCAGUUCCCUGGACACAGCGAGUUCUUACGGGCCAACAGCACCUCCGACUCUGUGUUCACAGAGACGCCCUCCCCGGUGCUCAAAAAUGCCAUCUCCCUCCCCACCAUCGGAGGGUCCCAAGCGCUCAUGCUGCCCUUGUUGUCACCGGUGACAUUUAACUCCAAACAGGAGGCCUUUGGUCCGGCAAAGCUGCCCAGGCUCAGCUGCGAGCCCGUCGUGGAGGAAAAGGCUCCAGAGAAAAGCAGCUUGCUGGCCAACGGGACCGUCCACCGGGGGGAUGUCUCGUGGGGCUCCAGCGGGUCCGCGUCGCAGUCCAGCCAGGGCAGAGACAGCCACUCCUCCAGCCUCUCCGAACAGUACCCCGACUGGCCGGCCGAGGACAUGUUUGACCACCCCGCCCCGUGCGAGCUCGUCAAGCACGAGCCUAAAUCCGAGCAGUCCCUCUCUGACCUCACGGGUUCCCUCCUCUCCCUGCAGCUCGAUCUGGGGCCCUCGUUUCUGGAUGAGGUGCUGAAUGUCAUGGAUAAAAAUAAGUAACAGGAUGGCCACCAGCCCAUUUCCCUUUAGGGUAAAAGGUAUAUAAAAGCAAAAAACAAAAUUAACCACAAUCCAAGAGAAGAACCUCACUCACUAUAUUGCAAUUGUGUGAUGGGUUUUCUAAAAUAAUGUUCCUACAAAAUAUUUUUUUACCUGUUAGGCCCUGUUUGCAAAAACAGAUUGAGGCAAACAAAGACAAAACCUGUCCUGGCAAAAAGAGGAAGUGAGCCAGUCAGAACCCAUUUUCAGCAGGCAUUACUGAUGUUCAGCUCAAAUUUUAAGAAAUCUGGCUCGGCCAGGAUCGGUGCUAGCUACGAAGGGCUGCAUGAGUCACAUCACGGAGCUUUACAGUACUCCGGCAUUUUCUGAGCAAGAGGAAGUCAACGUUUAUUUAACACCUAAGCCUUUUUUCUACUCUUUCCUAUAUCAUAUCAUUUGGGCUCACCACAGCAAAUUCUUAAGUGUUCAAGACUUUUCUCUGUUUUCACAUCUGAACGACUUUAUGGGUGUGGGGAUUUUCUUGUAACUCAUAUAUCCCUAUAUAUUAUUAUCUAUAUUGAGGAAUUCUGUCAGCUACAUGUUGGUAAGACACAAGCAAAGUAUUACUGUAACUAAGUUAUUUUUAAAGUUAAAAUAUAUUUUUAUGUGCCUUUGGCUUUUUAUUGCAGAGUCUACAUUUUAUAGAUAUUACAUCAAACGUUGUCAUUUGACUUGUUUCCAUUGGGGUUCCAUUGUAAACUGUGUAUAUGUUUGGAAGCGUGUAUUCAUAUUUAGCUUUUUAAUUUUUUUCCUUCAUUUGCUAUCAUACUUUUCACAGCAGCCAACAAUGGAUUAUAAAGCAUAAGGGCACAGGUUAUCAUGAUGCUUCUGCAGAGACUGUGGGCUACACCACAUAAUGUUACUUGGAAAUAUGGGUAUUUUAGUGCAGUACAUACUUGCAUUACAUAGGUACUUCAUACAACACAAUAAAGAGUAACUGUUAAAAUGA